CUACAGAGGGAGACAGAGAAGCUGAACAACAAGAUCAAAGGAAAUUUGGCGUUGAACGGAGUGGCCACUCAGUCAUCACUGUAUGGGAAUCGCGAAGCUUCCGAUGCCAUUGAUGGGAAAAGAAACACGCACUAUGGAUCCUGCACCCAUACUCUGAAAGACAGAGACCCGUGGUGGAGAGUGGACCUGCUGAAUGUGUACAGAAUAACAGAGGUCACCCUCACCAACAGAGGAGACUGCUGUCCUGAGAGGCUUGAUGGUGCUGAGAUCCGCAUCGGUAACUCACUGGAGAACAACGGCAUCAACAACCCCAGAUGUGCCGUCAUCUCCCACAUCCCAGCAGGAGAGGCCCACACCUUCCAGUGCAAUGAGAUGGAGGGUCGCUACGUUGUUGUGGUCAUCCCUGGCAGGUCGGAAUGGCUCACUCUGUGUGAGUUGGAAGUUCAUGGUACUCCUGCAGUUACUGGUGAGCAUUCCGGUGCAGCGAGAGACAGCUUACAGACCAGCUACAACAACCUGACUAAAGAGAGAGACCAGAUACAGAGGGAGACAGAGAAGCUGAACAACAAGAUCAAAGGAAAUUUGGCGUUGAACGGAGUGGCCACUCAGUCAUCACUGUAUGGGAAUCGCGAAGCUUCCGAUGCCAUUGAUGGGAAAAGAAACACGCACUUUGGAUCCUGCACCCAUACUCUGAAAGACAGAGACCCGUGGUGGAGAGUGGACCUGCUGAAUGUGUACAGAAUAACAGAGGUCACCCUCACCAACAGAGGAGACUGCUGUCCUGAGAGGCUUGAUGGUGCUGAGAUCCGCAUCGGUAACUCACUGGAGAACAACGGCAUCAACAACCCCAGAUGUGCCGUCAUCUCCCACAUCCCAGCAGGAGAGGCCCACACCUUCCAGUGCAAUGAGAUGGAGGGUCGCUACGUUGUUGUGGUCAUCCCUGGCAGGUCGGAAUGGCUCACUCUGUGUGAGUUGGAAGUUCAUGGUACUCCUGCAGGGAGACCCUGUCCUGAAGGAUGGAAGACAUCUGUCUCCAGCUGUUACUACACCACCACCGGGAUUAAAACCUGGGAGGAGAGCAGAGAGGACUGCAACGAGAGAGGAGCACACCUGGUGAUCAUAAACAGCAGAGAGGAACAGACAUUUAUCAAUGGGUUAUACGGACCGGGGAAUGAGACUUGGAUCGGUCUGAUGAACGUUGACACUGAGGGGACCUGGAAAUGGGUGGACGGCACACCACUAACCACAGCGUAUUGGAGGACUGGAAAGCCUAGCAGCUAUUUAGGGGCAAACCAGGACUGUGUGGAGUUUUUCCAUCGUUCAUCAGACCCAGGGGAGUGGAACGACGAGGAAUGUCACAAGUCAAACAACUGGAUCUGUGAGAUAUUUUAAUUCUUAUACUCUCUGCACUGUUACUACAUGUAACUGCCAAAACAAGGAAACAUUUCAAUAAAUGAGGGUGGAUCUGGCGGCUCUGGGUGUAUUUUCCUGCCAUGGUUUAGCUCCACUUAACCACUUGGAGGGCAAGGUUAACACCAAUAAAUACACAGCCAUUCUCAGUGACCACCUUCAACCUCUGGUGAAUCAUUUAUAUCCUGAUGGGAGUGGUCUCUUCCAGCAAGACAACGCCCCCAUCCACACGGAACGAGUGGUCACUGAAUCGUUUGAUGAGCGUGAAAAUCAUGUAAACUAUAUGCCAUGGUCGUCUCAGUCACCAGAACCCAAUAGAACAUACAUGGAAGAUUCUGGAGCGGCGCCACUUUUCUCCUGAAAGAAUGGUGUUCGCAUCCCUCCAAUAGAGUUCCAGACACCUGUAGAAUCUAUACCAAGGCUCAUUGAAGCUGUUCUGGCGGCUGGUGGCGGCAUAACGUCCCAUUAACACAAUUCAUGUUUCCUUCAUUUUGGCCGUUUACUGUAUGUUGAUAAUGGUCUGAAUAUUGCUAAUAUAUUCUGGUAGAACGCUACUCUGAAUUACAUUUCUGACAGAAAGGCACACACACACACACAAAUCAUGUUCAGAUUUCAUAUAAGUAGGUGUAUAAUACCAUUGAAUAUCUGCUGUAAAUCAAUUGUAAUUUUUACAUGAUUUGUAUGGUAUAUUUUAUACAGUAUGUCUGCUACUUGUGCUUUCAUCGUGCUGAACAUGAACAAUGUGUACUUCCUGAUUAUUCAGUAAAUCAUUGAACCUAGAUUAAAGACAUUUCCUUGUUGAAUA